AUGGAAGACCGUAACGAUGAUCAAGGAUUCACUCUACUAACACAACAUCUUAAUCAAUCCCUUCCCAUCGAUUCAACCUCAUCAAUAUCAUCAACAUCAACAAGGUCACUCUCACCUUUAAGAUCAAAUAUAAAAUUUAAUAAAUCUCCAACGCCAUCAACCAUAAGUAAUCAGAAAACUUCUCUAACUGGUUCUCCAUCUAGGAAAACCAUGGCUCAACUCCAACUGAAUGAUCUCCAACUAUUACAACAAGAAUAUUCCAGUUUAGAACGUCAAUUCACCGAUAUAAUCUUAAAGAAUAAACAAAUUUAUCAUGAUUUUAAUCAAUUAGAAUCAGAAUUAGUAUCGAAACGAAAUCAAUUAAAACGUCAAGAUGAUAAAUUAAAAGAAUAUGAAUCGUAUAUCAAAGAUAUUCAAUUGGAUCAUACUAAAGAUCAAGAAUUAUUACAACAAGAAGUUUUAUUUUAUAAACAAUAUAUCGAAGAAUUACAAACUAAAAUGAUUAAAAGUAGUAGUAGUGAAAAUACACAAGUUCAAGAAGAGGAACAACAGCAAGAUCAUCAUGACGAAAUAAUAUCAAAUCAAUCAAUUGAAAAGUUAAAACGCGAUUAUCGAGUUUUAGAAAGUAAUUAUGAAGUUGAAAAAAAUUCAAGAUUAGUUUUAAUGGAACAAAUUGAAUUUUUAACUAAAGAAAAUGAAUUAUUAAAUAAUCAAUUAAAUGAUGCUGAACAAGUAUUAGAACAUUCGAUUUUAAUUCAUCAUGAUUCAAUCCAUGAAAAUAGUGAAAUAAGUCAAUUGGUUCAUACUAUUCAUACCAUGAAUCAAUUAACUUCUGAUGAAGAAGAUGAAGAUAAUUAUGAUGAUGAUGAAGAAGAAGAUGAAGUAGAUGAAGAUGCCGUCAAUAUGAUCUUUAAUGAUAAUCAUACUGUUUAUGAAAAACCUCCUCCUUUUGAAGAAUUAAAUAGCUUAUAUCUUGCUGAAGAUAUUCAACAUUCAUCUCCUAUAAAACAAGAUCAAUUACAAUCACAAUCACAAUCACAACCACAUCCAGAUCAAACUUAUUCAACUGAAGAGUCAGUUGAAGUAUCGGUCAAUUUCCAAUUCCCACCUCCUAUAUCAUCUACUGUAUUUCCUCCUUCACCUGAUCCUCAAUCAAAACAAAAGAAACGUCAAUCAUUACCUUUAAAAGUUAAAACCACCGGAACUUCAACUACUUCACCUAUAUUUGAAAAUGAAGAAUUUAUAUUAUCACCUUUAAAAUUAGCUAAUUCAUCAGCCUUGGAAUCUUCAUUAACCUUAAAUGAUCAACAUCAUAAUAAUCAUAGUCAAAGACAUUCUCCCACUGUAAAACGAUAUUCAACAUCAAAACCUCAUCAUUCAAGAUAUAAUAGUCAUGAUAUCUUACCUAUUCGAGUUGAAUUUGAACAGCAACCAACUCAUGAAUCACAAUUAAGAAGUGCUACGGUUCCAGAACAAGAACUUCAACAACAUAAUGGUACUAUUAGUCGAAGUCAAAGUGGCAAUAUUGAUAGUAUACUUGAACAAGAUAAAAUCCGGGAGAAUGCCUUUUCAGCCUUGAAUGGAGAAUUUGAAUCAAAAAGAUAUUCCCUCACUAACUCAUCAUCGAAAAGAUCAUCUAUGAUUGUUAAUGAAAGUGAUAUGACAAGACAAGAAAUUAUGAAAUUAAAAUUUGAAUUACAAUCAUUAAAAUUACAUAAUGAGAAAUUAUUAUCCUAUAUUGGAUUUGAAUUACAAAAGCAAAAGAAGAAUAUUAAGAAAUUAACCAAGAAGCAAAGUGCUAUGUCAUUACGUACUAAGAAUAUUGAAUAUUCCGAUGCCAAAUUGAUUGAAAGAUCUCGAGAAUUAUUAAUUCAUAAAAAGAGAGUAUUAAGAUCAGUAUCGAUUAAUGCUAUAUUAUCGAAGAAUUAUAGUUCAGGAUAUCACCAGGAACAUCAACAAAAUCAAAUGAAUGGAAGUAAAGGGGAUAAGUCUGAUGCGAUUGGUAUUGGUUUAACCCCAUUUUCGAAACAAUUAUUUAACAUUCAUGAAAAUGGAGAGUAUGAUCAACUCCUUAAUAAUCAGAAUGAAGAUGAUUAUGGCUUCCUUAAUCAUCAAGAGAAAUUCAGUCAACGAAUAUUUCUGAAUGGAUUGAAUUCAUAUUUGAAUUUUGAUGAUAUUAAUGAAAUUGAUGAUUUUGAUGAACAUGGUAAUAUAAAUGGAGGCAAUAAAGGACAUAACGGUAAUAGUAAUAAUAACAAUAAAGAGCAUAAUGAACAUGGGGAUAGAAAUCUUAAGAAACAUAAAUCGCAAGUGUUCAUAAGAAAGAAGUAUUCACCUAGCACAUCAUCAUCACUGGAUGAAGAUGAUGAUGAAGAUGAUGAACUUGAAAAUAAUAAAUUGAAAGGAAAAGAUGGUGAAUGGGAAGAAAUCACCAGUGAUAGUUCAUUCUCAUCAGAAGAAGAUAUAGCUAGUGGGAUGUUUAAUCAUAUUAAAUAUUUAAUCUUAGGAGCCAAUUCAGUGUCCAAAAGGAAAGGUAAAAAGAAGAAAGAUCUGUUGGUUGAUGAUGGAUUAAGGUAUAAAUUUAUCACCAUAGCUCUUGGUAUAAUUAUCAUUGGAGUUAGAUUUUCUCAUCAAACUAGUCAACAAUAG